AUGUGGUUUAACUCCAUCUAACUAUUUCUCAAAACCCGAGAAUAUAGUAUGGGUCAGACUGCAACUUGGCCGGAAAGUUUGCCAAGCAACAGGAUAAAAGCUUUUCACGAGCUGAUCCAAGGCCAGGAAUUGACCAAUAAUCUGCGGGAGAUGCUUCAGUGGCCGAGAAAGAUAGAGUGUGAUCCCACAUAUGAAGAUGGCAUUGUGAUGCAAAUCAUAGCGAUGUUUAAGAAUACACUCUUAAUCUUGGGCUCUUGCACUUCAAACCAGCAUCUUGAGAUUCCGACAAGUGAUAUGUGUUUAUCAUAUAGUUCGGAUGGGUACAAAUCCGAAAAUUCAGGCAAAAAUGAGGGAAAUAUCAUCCCGGCAAAACGUGAAAAGGAAUGCCACAAAAGAAGAAAAAAUUCAUGGACGUCAUCACAAGUGACCUCUACUUUGGUUGAUGAUGGGCAUGCAUGGAGAAAAUAUGGUCAAAAGCAUAUCAACAAUACAAACCAUCAAAGGAGUUAUUAUAGGUGUACCUAUAAGUUUGACCAAGGAUGCCUCGCAGCAAAGCAAGUCCAAAAGAUCCAAGACAAGCCACCAAAAUAUAAAACAACCUACAUGAGACACCAUACUUGUCAGAAUCUACAAAGAGCUCCUGAAAUCAUUUUGGAUUCAUUAAAUUCUAGAGAUACAUCAAUCCUUUUUAACUUUGAAACAAAGGGGCUCAUAGCGAGGACACGAGUUGGCACCUUUUUCCCCUCUAUAAAGCAUGAACAAAAGGAGAGUUACCCUUCUCAUGGGAAUUUGAGGAAUGAGGAAUAUUCGUUUGCCAAUGACCUAUUGUGCUCUAAACGCAUGUGUUUCAAAUAAUCCGUUCGAACCAAAUAUCUAAGACUAAAACGUUAUACGGGUUCGAUCACGGGGACAUAAUAUCUUCAAGGGGGCAUUCAGGGUCGGAUGAUCACCGGGAUAUGAUAUCUUCAUGGACGCAUAUAUCAAUAUAUUACUAGUAACCAUGGUUAUUAGAUGACCAUAU